AUGCCCCCCGCGGGUGCUGGCAGUAGCGGCAGCAGCACCACCACCACCACUGCCCAGCGCCAACCGCAGCUCACGCCUGGCCAGUCCACCGGCGGAAGCACCUCGCCGGAGAUGGCUGACGUGCCGGACUUUGACAUGGGCUUCGACUAUGAGAGCCUGGGCACAGAGACGAGCCCAGAGAGCAUGGGCCACCUCCCCGACCAGACUCCGCACUAUGACCAGGACCGCCACCACCACCACCACCCAUCUCACACCGCCGCCAGCAACAACCAGCAUCUUCAUCUCGGCCCCGGCCUCGACUUUGACGUGGCCGACUUUAUGAAUGUCGUCACUGCUAGCACGCACCCCUCCUCCGCCGCCGCCCUCACGCCGCCGCCGCCCACCACCAACAGCUUCUUCGCCAGCCUCUUUGAGAGCCUCGACGCCGGCGACGGCACCCUCACCGGCGGCGGCGCCUCCAAGCUCGACAUCCCGCCCGUGCCGCUGAUGAGCAGCGCGCUCGUGCCCCGCCCGCCCGUGCGGGACCUGUCGCUGCUCCGGCGCAACAUGGCGUGCGACGGGCACGACGCGCUCGCCGUGCACGACCCGCGCUCGUGGAUGGGCUACACGGUGCAGGCGCUGACGUCGAUGCACGCCACCUUUGCGCAGACGCGCGCGCUGCCCUUUGUGCACCCGCGCCUCUGGGCCGCGCACCUGCCGCGCCCCGUGCUCGCCGUCUUCUCCGCCUCCACCGCCUACGCCCACCGCUCGCCGCACAACCGCGCCUGGAUCAUGAAGCUGCUCGCCGACACGGCCGCCGACGUCCACCGCGACGGCGACCGCGCCGCCGCCUCCGCCCAGGACAAGCUCGCCCGCGUCCAGGCCCUCAUCAUCCUCGACUCCAUCCGCGUCUUUGACGGCGAUGUCGGCCUGCGCGCCGCCGCCGAGCGCGAGGCCCACGUCCUGACAGCCUGGAUCGCCGAGCUCCAGCAGGUCGUCGACGCCCUCGAGGCCGAGGCCGUCCAGCAUGCCGCUGCGCAGAGCGUGCCCGGCGCGGCGCUGCCGGACGGGUUGAUGAUGGGUGGUGGCGGGUCGUCGCCGGCGGCGGGGGCCGCGUACCCGGCGCGCGAUCGCCCGCCGAGGAGCUGGGACGCCUGGAUCCUGCUCGAGAGCGCGCGCCGCACGCUGCUCUUUGCGUGCGCGUUUGUCUGCAUGACAAAGCUGCUCAAGAGCCUCGACGUGAACCAGGCCAUGUGGCAGAACCUGCGCUUCACCGCCUCGCGGCACCUCUGGGAGGCGCCGUCGUCGGUGGACUUUUUCCGCGCGUGGCGCGACAAGCCGCAGUACUUUAUCCGCGACUUUGAUUUCAAGGACUUUUGGUCGUAUGCGCGCGCCGACGACAUGGACGAGUUUACCAAGACCAUGAUUAUGCCGCAAAUUGGCAUGGAUGUCUUGGAGCAUUUCAUGGCGGGAGAGGACCUCUCCCAUGUGCCGCCGGCUGCAUAA